UGUAUUUCUCGAUUCCUAACCUAAUUUCAUGUCAAUUGUCACGUGGAAAAUUUGGAAAGACUCUCACGCUAAUAAUUGAGACGCUUUGAAUUGAAUUCAUGCUUGAAAUACCAAUAAUUUAAUUGAUUUGAGGCAAUGGAGACGGAAAUAGCUGGUUUCGCUAAUUAUGAAGAAACUGCUACAGAUGAUGAGAGUGAAAUCGCUGGUUCUAAAAAGAAAGCCAGCAAGAAGUCGGGUGGAUUUCAGGCUAUGGGUCUUAGCUUUCCUGUAAUGAAAGGGAUUUUGAAACGAGGCUAUAAAAUUCCAACACCUAUUCAGAGAAAAACUAUUCCACUUGCCUUAGAAGGUAGGGAUGUCGUCGCCAUGGCUCGAACAGGUAGUGGAAAAACUGCUUGUUUUUUAAUUCCACUGUUUGAAAAACUUAAAACUAGACAAGCAAAGACCGGUGCUAGAGCUUUGAUUUUAUCCCCAACUCGAGAGCUGGCAUUACAAACGCUAAAAUUCAUUAAAGAGAUAGGGAGAUUUACUGAAUUGAAGCCAGCAGUAAUUUUGGGUGGAGAUAGUAUGGAUAAUCAGUUCAGUAUAAUUCAUGGCAAUCCUGAUAUUAUUGUCGCUACACCAGGACGUUUUCUUCAUCUUUGUGUUGAGAUGGAACUACGUCUCAAUAGUAUCGAGUACGUCGUUUUUGACGAAGCUGACCGCUUGUUUGAAAUGGGAUUUGGGGAACAGGUUAAUGAAAUAGUAAACAGACUUCCUGAAUCUCGGCAAACUCUUUUGUUUUCGGCCACACUUCCAAAAGUACUGGUGGAAUUUGCAAAGGCUGGUUUAUCGGACCCUGUUCUACUACGUCUAGAUGUGGAAGGAAAGAUACCUGAUGAAUUAAAAUUAUCUUUUAUCGUAUGCCGUGCAGAGGAAAAACUAGCAGCACUUUUGUCAUUAUUAAAAAACAUCAUUAAACCCGAAUCACAAUCAGUGAUUUUUGCUGCUACAAUGCAUCAUGUUGAAUAUAUUCAUCUGAUAUUGGAUCAGGCCGGAAUUAGCAACACCUUCAUCUACUCAAAUUUGGAUCCAUCAGCACGUAAAAUAAAUGCAGCAAAAUUCCAGACUGGCAAAGUCAGAGUUCUUGUUGUAACUGAUGUGGCUGCACGAGGAAUCGAUAUACCCCAUUUAGAUUAUGUAAUUAAUUUUAAUUUUCCCGCCAAGAGCAAGUUAUUUGUCCAUAGAGUAGGUCGAUGUGCUCGUGCUGGUCAUACAGGCACGGCGUAUAACUUAAUUGGUCCAGAUGAAUAUGCUUACCUUUUGGAUUUGCAUCUCUUCUUGGGUCGACCUUUUUGCAUGGUUCCACCUUCAGGAGAUGAUGAUUGUCUCGAAGGCGCAGUAGGAAAAAUGCCACAAUCGAUGAUAGAAGAACAGCUUACAGAACUAAUAACCUGGCAUGAAAACUCAACAGACUUGUCGAAUAUGCAAAAAGUAUGUGAUAAUGCGUAUCAACAAUAUUUAAGAUCAAGGCCAGGAGCGUCACCAGAAAGCAACAAGAGGAUAAAAGAAUUGCGUAUUAGCACAGCUGGAGUUAUAGCUGAAUAUCGCGACAUUACACCAGCUGCAGCGGAUUUGCUUUCUCGUAUGAAAAAUUAUCGGCCCCCAGGAACUAUAUUCGAAAUAGGCGCGAAACCUUCCUCCGCAGACUAUCAGGUGAUGAAAGCAAAAAGAGCAUACCACAAGGAUAACAUUAUAAACUUUCAUAAAAAGGUAGAAGAAAUAGAAAGCAAACAAGAAAAUUUCAUUAAAGAGGCGAAGCAAAAGUCAACUCUUCCAGCCAGUAAUACGGAUGACAUCAAUUCGGUGUUUCGAGAAGUAAUAACCCCGAAGAAAAGGAGUAUAGAGAGUAUUUAUAAGAAUCAGAAGAAAAAGAAAAAAGUCACUCGAGACGAGGAGUUUUAUAUUCCCUACGCAGCUCCAGAUAAACACACCGAAGAGGGUUUGGCAGUAAACACCUUCAGAACGGAUGCUGAGAAAAUGCAAUUGGAUCUCACAGGGGAUACCGAAGACAUGAGGCGCCUUCAGACGCAAUUGAAAAAGUGGGAUCGCAAAAAGAAGAAGAUGAUCACUGUAAAUAAUGAUUCCAAGCAAGGAAAGAUCCGCACAGAAUCCGGCGUUUGGAUACCUGCAACUUACAAGAGCAAUCGUUACUCACAAUGGAAGGAGAAGAGUAAAGUUGAUUCUUUAAAUAAUGAGAGUAGCGACGAAGAGGAGCCACCACAAAUUCAAAAGUUGCAAACUACGGCGAACACACAUUGGGCGCGGCACAAUCAGAAGAUAAAGGAGAAGGUCAAGGCGAGAAAUGAGUUGAAGAGGCCCGAACAGAUACUGAAAGUUCGUAAGCUUAUGGAGAAGAAACGCAAAAAAAAUGGACGGAAACGGGGCAACAAAGGGGGUGGAAGAAAAGGAGGGAAGAAGUCGUAGAAAGAGGAUCGCUUACGUUGUCGGACAUAAACAUCUUAAUUAUAAUUUGAUACUUAACGAUAAUUUAACACGAGGGGCCUGCAUACGUUAAUGUACAUGCCGAAACAGUGAAAUACAUUUACGGAGGAGAAGA